AUGUUAUCGUUAUCAAAUAGUCAAAAUGAACCAUCAGCACUUUUAUCCAAUGCUCGUUCAACUAUUGCUACAUUAAUUCAACGACCAACUACAAUAACAACAUCAAAUGCAUUUGAUGAAUUUUCUAUAUUAGAUAAUUUAAUUGAUGUUAGUAAAGAUGUUGAUCGUUUUGAAGGUGGUGAAAAUCGUAAAUUUUUAAAUAUAGCACAAUUAAUAACAGCAUCAACAUGUAUUUAUUCUCGUCGUGUUGAUGCACUUUAUAAAUUAAUAAAUACAUUUCAAACAUCAUCAUCAUCAUCAGAUAAUAAACAAGAUGAAAAUCAAUUAUCAGAAUCAAUUAUUAUUAUUAAUAAACAAGAAGAACAUGAAAUACAAAAAAUUAUUAAAGAAAAAAAGAAAAAAUCUAAACAAAUUCAACGUUCAUUUAUAUGUAAUGAUCCAACUAAAAUUAAUUUAAAUUUAUCAAAAAAUUUUUUUCUUGAUCGAACAUCUUUAUUUGAUCUUAAAAUUUUUCAACAAAAUGUACCAAUAGGUAAUAAACAAUUUUGGUUAAAUGAUACACAACCGAUGAUAUUUAAUCUUCUUUUUCAUAAUCAAUCAAUUGAAAUAAAUGAAAAUAAUCAACAACAAGAAUCUGAACAAUUAAUUAAUGUACUUAAUAAAUUAUCACCGAUUAAACAUAGAACAAUAUUAAAUGAUAAUGAUAUUCCAUUACCUACAUAUGAUGAUAAUGAUGAUCAAGAAUUACCAUGGAAUAAUAAAAAUAUAAUUGAAAAGAAAAAAUCAAAUAAAAAUCGAAGAAAAAAAUAA